AUGUCAAACAUGCAGCGCUAUCUCGCAGAGAAAUACAUGAGUGGCCCGAAAGCCGAUGCCAUUCUAGCAAAAGACCCGACAGCGAAGAAGAAAAAGAGAAAACAUGGUACUGAGAAGCAAAAGUCUGGCGGCAUAGGUAUCACGGACGAAGAUGCGGGUUGGGGUCGACCUCUUCAAACUGAAGACGAUGAAGAUGACGCCGUAGAGGCUGUAGUCGCUAGCGAUAGAACAUUCAAAAAGAGAAAGGUCGCGACAGCAGAAGGAGGUGAUGGUGGUUGGGUAUCCGUACCUCCUUCAGGAAUGGAAGGUCAAGAGCCAGAACCAGAGGAUGAGAAACCGGUGAUCGUCAAUGAACCAUCAAGGUCAGGUGGUCUCAUGACACAUGCGGAUCUUCAAAAGCAAUUCGCGACCCAAAUGUCUGUGCAAAAUAGCAAAGAUGAUGAGCCGACAGCGGAACAACAAGAAACAGUGUAUCGAGACGCUAGCGGUAGAAAGAUCGAUACCAAAGCCGCUAAAGCGGAAGCUGCAAGGCGAAAAAGAGAGGAAGAGGAGAAAGAGGCCAAGAGGAUGGAAUGGGGCAAGGGUAUUGUGCAACGAGAAGAGACACAGCAGAAACGGAGAGAGAUGGAGUUGGAAAGAGGAAAGGGAUUCGAAAGACGACGAGACGAUGAAGUGCUGAAUGAGACUCAAAAGGAAGAGAUGAGAUGGAAUGACCCUGCCGCAGCGUUCUUAUCGAAACCGCAAAAGAAGGGUCCAAAAAAACCAGAAUAUAAGGGACCACCACCGCCGCCGAAUCGAUUUGGCAUUAAACCUGGCUACAGAUGGGAUGGCGUGG